AUGUAUUUGCCUCAUGCCUGUAAACGGGAUUUGGGCUAUGCCCACAAUUCAGAGGUCACUCACACAAUAGCUCUCUUCUGGUUGGCACUGUGGAUCACUUUGGCAUCAUGUCAACGCAUCGAUCCUGGCACUAAAUAUCCUACAGUCACCACAAACUACGGCAAAUUGCGUGGGAUUAAAAAAGAGCUUAACAAUGAGAUUCUGGGUCCCGUGGAACAAUAUCUGGGCGUUCCUUAUGCCACAGCGCCAAUCGGAGACCGUCGCUUUCAGCCACCAGAAGCUCCAGGGUCUUGGCAAGAAGUGCGCAAUGCCACGCAGUUUGCCCCGGUUUGCCCGCAGAAUGUUCAUGGUGUUUUGCCCGAGAUCAUGCUGCCGGUGUGGUUCACCGACAGCUUGGACGUGGCUGCCACCUACAUUCAGAACCAGAGUGAAGACUGUCUCUACCUCAACGUCUAUGUGCCCACAGAAGAUGGUCCGCUCACAAAAAAACACGAUGAAUCGACACUCAACCGGCCCCGAGAUGAAGAUAUCCGAGACCGUAGGAAGAAACCAGUCAUGCUGUUCAUUCACGGUGGCUCUUAUAUGGAAGGAACCGGAAACAUGUUUGAUGCCAGUGUUCUUGCAGCCUAUGGGAACGUCAUUGUAGUCACCAUGAACUACAGGCUGGGAGUUCUAGGUUUUCUUAGCACUGGAGAUCAGUCUGCCAAAGGGAACUAUGGGCUGCUGGAUCAAAUCCAGGCCUUGCGUUGGCUGAAUGAGAAUAUUGGGCACUUUGGAGGCGACCCUGAACGGAUCACUAUCUUUGGCUCUGGGGCAGGAGCAUCUUGUGUAAACCUACUCAUCCUGUCCCACCAUUCUGAGGGUCUGUUUCAGAGAGCCAUCGCUCAGAGUGGAUCAGCCAUCUCCAGCUGGUCCAUUAGCUACCAGCCCUUGAAGUACACUAAGAUCCUGGCUCGUAAAGUGGGAUGCACAUAUGGAGAGACCGCAGACCUGGUGGAUUGUCUCCGCAGGAAAAAUUUCAGAGAGCUGGUAGAUCAGGACAUCCAGCCGGCCCGCUACCACAUUGCAUUUGGGCCGGUGAUGGACGGAGACGUGGUGCCAGAUGACCCGGAGAUUCUGAUGCAGCAGGGGGAGUUUUUGAAUUACGACCUUCUGAUUGGUGUAAAUCAAGGGGAGGGGCUGAAGUUUGUGGAUGAUGGAGGAACUGAGAGUGAAGAGGGCAUUUCAGCUGCAGCUUUUGACUACACCAUCUCCAACUUUGUGGAUAACCUCUAUGGAUACCCUAAAGGUAAAGACAUCCUGAGGGAGACUAUUAAGUUCAUGUAUACUGACUGGGCAGACAGAGACAAUGGAGAAAUGCGGCGCAAGACUCUACUCGCAUUAUUCACUGAUCACCAGUGGGUGGCGCCAGCCAUCGCUACUGCCAAGCUCCACGCUGACUACCAGUCACCUGUCUAUUUCUACACAUUCUACCACCACUGCCAAACAGAGACACGACCCGAAUGGGCAGACGCAGCACAUGGGGAUGAGAUACCCUAUGUGUUUGGUGUGCCAAUGAUCGGAGCAACAGAUCUGUUCCCUUGCAACUUUUCCAAAAAUGAUAUCAUGCUCAGCGCUGUGGUCAUGACCUACUGGACCAACUUUGCCAAGACUGGGGAUCCCAACUUGCCUGUUCCUCAGGACACCAAGUUCAUCCACACCAAACCCAACCGCUUCGAGGAAGUGAUCUGGACCAAGUUCAACUCAAAGGACAAGCAGUAUCUCCACAUUGGCCUGAAGCCUCGAAUCCGUGACAACUACCGAGCAAAUAAAGUCGCCUUCUGGCUGGAGCUGGUUCCUCACCUUCACAACCUUCACGAGGAGGUCUUCAGCACUGCCACAACCCGGCUGCCUCCAGGAACGGCCCGAACCCCACACUGGAAGGGCCAGGGUCCCCGUACAACACGCCAUCCCAUCCCAACCUUCCCGUCAGAACUAGACCCAGAUAGUUCGGAGCAGCCUCGAUUUCCUCCCUUCCCAAGCGACACCCGGGACUACUCGACAGAACUUAGUGUGACCGUGGCUGUUGGCGCUUCGCUCCUGUUCCUCAACAUCCUCGCCUUUGCUGCGCUUUACUAUAAACGCGACAAACGACAUGAAAUGCGAAGGCACCGGUUGUCUCCGCAACGAGGCGUAGCCGCUAAUGAUUUAGCACACAGCCAGGAGGAAGAGAUCAUGUCCCUGCAAAUGAAGCACUCGGAGCAUGACGCCCACCACGACAUGGAGCCAUUGCGACCGCAUGAUAUUUUACGUCCCGCAUGCCCACCUGACUACACAUUGGCGCUACGGCGGGCACCCGACGAUGUUCCACUCAUGACCCCAAAUACCAUCACCAUGAUCCCUAGCACCAUCACGGGCAUGCAGCCCCUUCAUGCCUUCAACACCUUCCCCACAUCCACCGGGCACAACAAUACCUUACCCCACCCCCACUCCACCACCCGUGUAUAGUAGCACCACGAGAACGAGAGGACUAGCUCUCACAUGUAUCCAGUUUUCUCUCUCUGUCCACCUUUUCAAGCUCCUAAACUUACAGUUCUGCUGUCAAGAGCAGUGGCAGCACAUCUGUUGAGGUUCUCAUAAACUAUAUCAGAGGUUUUGUAGACAUUGUACACACUAGAGGAGCUCUGUUCAUAGACUCUACAGCAAGCAGCAGAUCUGACAAGUCAUGGGCUUCGUUCUGGAUUCAACUUGUGAGUUGUUAAAGAAGAGGGGCAAUUUAUGGAGGCACAGAAGCUGGUCUGAUGUCAUGAGGGGAAUGAGGACGUUUUCCCAUUCUUCGCCUCUUACUAAAUUGGCAGAGGGCAGAUUUCAUCCAUGCUUUUCUUUCGAUCUUCACUCUUUGUUAUGCCAUCAUUAGCCCAUCGGUCUCUCUGUCCGAAUGUGGUCUUGUGUUUUACAUGAAUCGUAGGGGCAUUUGAUAAACGACUGACGCCGGAUAUGUUGUGUUUACCUGCAGUCUUGUGUCAAGUAUUAAAUCACACCUUGUAACAAUAGAUAGAGGAUGAGAGAAAAUGACAGAAGAUGAAAGCAAAAGUGCCAACCUCGUCUUUCUCUCGCUCUUGCUCUCGCUCUGCUCAUUUCAUCAAGCGUAUCUGAAGUGGCUACGUGUUGUUUCUUAGAAAGAUUUUUGUAUGUAUAAAUAUAAAGACAAAUAUAUAAAAGAAUGAUAUAAAUAUAUAUAUAUUUACAUGGAUUGCUCGGUGGGAUCUAUGCAUGAAAUAUUUUAAAGCACCAAGAAGGACACUGGGCUGUAAACUCCCACGGCAUUUUUCUUAUUUACGGUGUUUUUUUGUUGUUUUUUUCUAGUUUGCUUGCUUAAAAUGGCUUUAACAACUUUCUCCAUGGUUUAUUUAUCCAAAUGUAUCAUCCUCUUCAGUCUGACCACUCUAAAGGACAGUGUCCUCUCUUUGAGAGCUAUUGGAAACAUACUUUUUACAAUGUUUGAAAUAUUCACAUCCAGUAGUUGAUGCUGUUACUUGACCAUCAUGUAGUGAUCAAUCAGAGUUGUUCAGGAUGGUCUGAACAAAAUUACUCCAAGUUUCAAAUCCACAUAUAGUUUUGCAUCUCUCGCUUUAUCACAGAGACAAAUAAAAAUGAUCAUCUUAAGGCCAGGACACAUCAAGGCAGUAAUCAGCCAUUGGGCAGCAUUAGUCCUUUGUUGAGCAGCGGUGAGAUUAGGUUGUUUAAUGUGUACUACGUUGCCUCUUAUUGAGCUCAUGUCAGAGGGAGUUUGUCUGAUUCAGAAUGUAGAAAGAGAGCACUCUGAUUGGUUGUUCAACUAUGAAUCAGAGAGCGAGAACAAAAAACUGAAGUGUCAAAACCACACAGUCCAAGAGGGAACAAAGAAGAUGGCUGUCAUCAAACUUCUUUAAUAUUUGCAAAUGAUAUGGAUUAUCAGUCUCUCAGUUCUGGGUUGCAGCUGGAAGGACUGUGUAAAACAUAUGCUGGAAUAGUUGGCGGUUCAUUCCGCUGUGGCAACCUCUGAAAUAGAGACUAAGCUAAAGGAAAAUAAAUAAAUAAAUAAAUGAUGAAAAAUUAAUAGAUUAUUAGAUUAUAAGCCAUAUCUGCUGAAGUGCACCCCUCUGUGGUGAGCGAGAAGUACUGCGAAAUAUGUGUAGUUUGUAUGCGUGCAGCACUAGUUCCAGUUUCUCUUUGUGGAACGACAUUAUAAACUACUGCUACCUGCAGGUUUGGAAACAUACAUCCACUCAAGGAUUCACAGAACGUAUAUGUUCUCAUUUUAGUCAGCUGUCAUCCAUUUGGUGUGUUUACAUGCAGCUUUUUGGUCCAGACGGGACUAGAUGCAACUGAUUUGAGAUGAGAACACAGUCAGUUUUCUUCAUCGCUAUUUCUUGGUGUCAGCUUGGUGUGUCCUGGGCUUUACACUUCAGUCCUUCUCUCUCUUUCUCUGCCUCUCUAAUUCAAUCUCAGUCCUUGCUUUCUCGAUUCAACAUAAUAUAAUAUUCCAUCAAAUUUCAAGAGGUGUUAAUGUCAAUGCGUGAGAUAAAAGUAUGUGACCGAGAUGCACAAAGAGAGAGAAACCUAAUUUAAUCAGUCAAAAAAUCAAAAUCAUCACUUUGAGGCAUUUUCCUACAUUUCUACAUAUCCCACAUCUCUCCGCACUGCACACUUGACCUUUUCAGGUUACGACAAGCACAGCAAAUAAAGGUGUCAGCAAACCAGACAAAUGUUAUAUUUUGUCAGACAGUUUCAUUUUCCGGUUCAUAACGAAAUGGCUCAGAAUCGCUGGACAUUAACACACUCACUUCUAUUCUGUUCAUGCCUUGUUAGAAUUAUUUUCUGCCACGGCUGCAUGCCAGAGGACGAUGAUGACGGCUUGUGCAAGAAAGUGCGUUUGUCUCACUGAUGGCUCAGUUUGCUGGUGUAUUAAGUCUGGAGGACCAGCAAAAACUGCUGUCAGCAAUGCUCCACAUGAACCAUAAACACACUCUAGCGACACACUGGAGUUUCAGGAUGUCAUGCAAAUGUAUUCUCCAUUGUGGACUUAACAGACGCCGAUGGCAACUGGACAAUAGACUGUAACAAGAUCCGCUUACCUUCUGGACAUCUGAGAUUGUAGAUUGGACCUGUGGAUAUGUACCAUCUGUGGACUUUUGUGUGGUUGUAGGUAAAACUGAACUCCAUUUUAAGCAAACUACGAGGAGUUUACGACUAGAGCUGCGUACAACACAACCUCAAUUCUAAUAACCAAUACUGUUUUAAAGGAUGAGUUGAGACAGCUUUUUGUUAUUUCUCUCGUUUGUUUUUGUACGCUCAACCACUAGAGUGUGAUGGUGUGCUACAUCCAGAAUAAAGACUCUUCAUCCAUUACGAGCCAUUCAUUGGGUCUUCAGUAGGCGUACAGCGAGAAGGAGAAAUAGAAAUUAACUGUACAUUUUUAAGUGUAAGAACAAAUCAACUGAAAAUAUUUGUAAAUAUUCAGUUUCUUGUUUGUUUAAUGUUAAAUUCUUCUUUUUUUUUCCGUUUUUUUCUGGUCGAAUGAAAUAUGAAAUACUCUGUGACCAGGACAACAGGUGCAAGUUGUAAUUCAGCCACCAGCAAAAUUAAGGAAUCUCAUUCGUAAGACUUUAAAUUCACUUUCUGCUGCUUCAUUUUGUUUUGGGAUCCGUUAAUGGAGACGGUUUUAUAUUUGAACAUAAAGAUUGUUUAACAUGUAGCAUAUCCAUGUUAUCUGAGCCAUCACGGCUGGUCAUAUUUGUGUAUGAUUAGCUGUUUAUUUCACGUUUCACAGAGAUGGGCUGCAGUUUAUUUACUCAAAGGACACACUGAAACCAUGGUGGUCAUGAGAAGUGUUUCAUCUGCCAUGAACUUGCUGUAGCAUUUAAUUCUUACCAAAAAUGUUGUCAAGAUUUAGAACUAUUUAAAGUGAGUCAAACGGAUUAUUUUGUGGUCACAUUUUUACAUUUAACUAUAUAUAUAUAUAUAUAUAUAUAUAUAUAUAUAUAUAUAUAUAUAUAUAUAUAUAUAUAUAUAUAUAUAUACAAUUAAUUAUUUUUAAUGAAUUGAUCAUAAUCCCGAGAUUAAGAGAUGUCAAGUCUAAAGGUUUCAAGAUUACUGAACAAAUGAAGCACAUGUUAUUCCUCUAACAAAAUAAGAUGUUAAACCGGGCCCCAAAGCAAAUUUACACCUGUUGCCCUGUUUUACUAUAUGUGUUCAGAAUCAAAACGCCACAAUUGAUGAAGAAUAAACAUGUUAAUAAUGGAUUUAAAGAAAAAAAAAGAAAAGGUAAUAAUAUAUACAUACGGUGAUGAUAUUUCUCUUUAUUUAGAAGUUAUUACACACUGUAUGCUGUGACUCUGAUCUGGGGAACAUUAAAGAAAUUCAUAGCCAGA